AAUGUUGAAUAAAAUUUUUAAACUCAGAAUUGUAGGGCUUUACCCCGAAGGGAGCCCUUCCAGAAAUUCUCGAAGCACAGGGCUGAACCCAGGCCUAAGAGGGGGUUUGGAAAUAGUUUUCAACCAGCAAUAGACGCGCCUCGGUUAGAACCUCAUAAGCUGCGUCAUUGCCCCAAGCGCAAAG